AUGACGCGAAGAGCUCGAUCAACUCCAACAGACCCACGGAGGACAAAAGAGAUUGAUCCAAUUCCACCUCCUUUGGGCGAUUUGAUUGUUACCAUCCACCACGCCGACAUUGAAAGUGGGAGAGAUCAAGAAAAAGACACAGCUCGGAUUACGAAUAGCCACUACUUGACAUCGUAUAACUGGCUCAGUGGCAGAAAUCCCAGCAUCAUCGUUCCAGGUGAACCACCACAAUGGAGCCCUCCGUCUGACGUUCCCAAGCUUCGACAAGACAAUGGUCGAUAUUAUCGUGACAACAAUGCCGGAAGAUAUCCCAACCACCCACUGGAGCCGAUGAUACAAGCAAUACUGACAGACAGACCCGAGUUCCCCGUAACUGAUGUGGACAUCGUCGGCUGCGAAAACACUUUGGGCAAUUUGCUUGGUUUUGUUCGUGGAAAAGAUAAACCCUUCAGAAUGCUUGUCGAGGUACUCGACACAACGGUUUUCUUCAUCAGAAGGCAAAACUCGCCUAUUGAGAAGUAUAACGUUACUUACGGGUACGGGCAUACUUUCCCAAAAGUGUACACCACAUGGAGUGCCAGUGUGGCCGGAUCCGAUUCCCAUCAGCGGGUGGUGGAGUAUGACUUCGCCGAUUUGAAAUGUUUGAUGCGGUUUAAGGCGGAUGGAUUCUUGUCCAAUCUGAUUCCGGAGACCAAUGAGCUCACCAAAGCCCCCGUGUAUACAAGUGAGAUUGCCCAGGAGGAAGCUUUGCCUUCCAUUGAAGAUGCAACAAUCUCGAAUAUGCAACCAGCUCCCACGAACGAAUCAUUGCAGCAGCUCGGAAUUGCGAAUAAAGGCCGGCAUAUCCCACAAUGUGCAAUCUUCGAUCUGAAGACUCGAUCUCACAAUAAAAAACCCGCGGAUGUCCUUAGGGAAGAAAUGGCCCGACUAUGGAUGACGCAGACUCCAAGCUUAGUUCUCGCCUUCCAUAAAGCAAACAAAUUUGGUGAUAUUCAGAUCCAUGAUGUCCGAGAGGAUGUUGAGCAGUGGGAGGAUGACCACCAACCGACCCUGGCCAAAUUUGCCUGCUUGCUGCGAAUGAUCGUGGGGUUCGUUCGGAGCAUGGAAGAUGGGAAGAUUGAGAUUGAACAUGAAGAGGGUGAGCGGGUUUUGAAUGUGAGAGCACAGGGUGGAGUUGUCUCCGGCGUCUUAUCCCCAGGUGAUUACUGCGAUGUCUACCUGACACACGACUCAAUGAGCGUGCGCAAGGCACACAACUCGGGCCGAAACCACCUGAGGAACGUGGUGGACUACUACCAACAGAUUGGCCAAGAAAAAGCCCAAUCCGUCAUCGACUCCAUCACCUCCUCCUACGCCGCAGAGGGCCAACAGGUUCCCAACAUGAUGCCCCCCGGUGCCUUCCCGCCUCCCUUCGGAUUCCCUGGCCGCCCGGGCAUGCCCCCUCCACCCUUCGGCAUCCCUCCACCAGGCGCCCCCGGCGCCCCAGGCAUGCUGCCUCGUAUGUUCCACCCACCACCCUUCCCCGCAGCCCAAGGAUUCCCAAGACACCCUGGACCUCACCCAGCUAAUCACUUACCCUUCCACCCAAUAGCCCCCGGAGCUCACGGUCUGCCUUUCCCACCGCCUUUCCCUAACGCCGGAACCCCACCAACAGGCGGCUUCCCCCCGCCUCUCCCCAACAUGCCCCACGGCGCAAAUCUGCCCAUCCCACCACCAGGCGGCUUCCCGAACUUCCCUAUCCCCCCACCCGGCGCUGCAGGCUUCCCACCUAUGCCUGGUCAGCCUGGCAUGGGUCCUGGUGGCCCUGCGCAGAUUCCAACUGGUCCUCGCGGCUCAGAGGGAUAUCCUCCUCCCCCCGGAGGUGGACCUCCUGGUGGGCCUCCCGGUGGGAUGGAUCAAAGGUGGUGA